AUGAUGGCAUGCACAGAGAUGCUGACAAUGUGCUUGCUGUCUGCCAAGCAUGCUUACAAAUCCACAGAGAGCCUGCAGAACUAUGGCAAGGGACUGGCCAUCUUCCAUGAUAUUUUUCGACGAGCUGACAAAAAUGAUGAUGGAAAGUUGUCAUUUGAAGAAUUUAAGAACUGUUGUGCUGAUGGUAUCCUCAGUUCAGAAGAACUGUGGGAGUUGUUUAGUGGCAUUGACAGGAGUCAUUCGGGCAAUUUAGAGACUGAGAAGUUUUGCGAUUAUUUCUCAGAGCAUCUUGGAGAAUACAGGCAUGUUCUGUCUGCUUUGGAGCAACUCAACACCGCUGUCCUUACAGCCAUGGAUAAAACAAAGCUGGUAUAUGAGAGCUCCUCCAAGAUGGAACAGUUUGUGACCCGGUUCCUUCUGCGGGAGACAAUGAACCAGCUGCAGUCCCUGCAGGUCUCACUGGAGUGUGCUGCAGACACCAUCGAUGAACAGACCGGCCGAGAAAGGUACAGCAACUCUUUUAGGAAAGAUCUGAAAAACUCAGAAGCUCUACUUGGGUCACGCAGUAUAAAACGAUGUGGUCGCAGAGUUCAGAAGAAUAUCUGUCUGUCUCCUACGGAUCCUUAUUCAGGGAUGUUGACCACAGGUAUCUGUGUGGAAACUGACAGCCGGUGGACCUCUGAGAUCAACCAACUGCAGCAUCUCAUUGGCAAAUUGGAAGACAAGAGUCCAAGACUUGAACCCCUGAAAGAGAAUGUGGUCUGCAAAGGAAGUUCUCACAUCCUGGUGGCACAGCGACAGAUCUCAGUGGCUGAAAGUGGAUUAGAGGUAUUCCGCCAAACUCUCCAAUCUUACACAGAAACUACAGCUGGACAAGGCAGCUGCCUACAUGUGUCUGCCCACAGACUGACAAGUGACUCCUGCUUCAUCCUUUAUGAGUUUUGGCAAGAUGUGGCUUCAUGGAGAAGCCAUCUGCAAUCAGAUUACAGUAAGAUGUUCCAAUGUGCUAUCACUGAUUUAUUGGAUUCACCAGAACUCUUGACCACUAUGCUAUUUCCAGCUUCCUGGUGGAUCAUGAACAAUAACUGAUGUCCUCGUGAUAUUCCCCCAAGACAACCAGCAUGUGGAUGGAUCAACCACUAUCUUUCAAAUACAAUCCU